AAGCGCAUUCGCGUCGAGCUGUGUAGAACGUGUUUUGCUAAUGUUUUUGUUGCUUUGUUAUAAUGUGGCCGAAAAAAUCUAUGUAUAGAUAUUGUGUCGUGCCCGAAUGUAAGAAUACCACAAUUAAAACACCAGACAAGCUAUUCUUCAGUAUUCCUACCGGCGCUCAGAAGCGAAGAGAUUGGUGUACCGCGAUGGGCCGAACGCGACUUCUGCGGCCAUAUACAAAUUAUUUUUGUUGCGAAGAUCACUUCGAUAUUGAAAAUGACAUGGAGAACUACAUGAAAUUCAAGUUGUACGGAGUAUCGAAAUUAGUAUUAAAAAAAGGGAUUAUUCCGCACAAAUUUGCUUGCCAGAAUUAUAUGACCGUCACGGAUAUACCGCGAGAACAAUUAAAUAGCAGUUCUUUGCACAUCAAGGAGGAGGUGGUGUCAGAUAGCGACAGUGCAACCCUCAGCUGCAACAGCGACACAAUCAGUUGCGCGAGUGACUUGGAUAACUGGCUCCGAGAGGUUCCUGAGGUCCAGGUUAAAGUAGAAUUAGUAGGUGAGCCUAUACCUGAAACCCAACACAUCGAGAUGACAGACCCUCUCGCAGUUGAGGGCCCGAGUAAAGACCCCCCAAAGAACAAAACGAAACCUUAUAUCGUAAGCAUGGUCUACGUGGGAAAAGUUAAGAAACAUCGGAAGAAAAAGUGACUUGUACUGAAUAAACAAAUAAUAUAUUAUUAAGAAAAGUGAUACGUUUCAUUGUUUAAAGA